AUGUCUGUCCUCGGUCCGAGGAUCCCAGUGGCCAUCUACUUAUACAGGGAAGACCCAGCCCUUACACUCGAGGCCGCCAAGCGAAGGUCAGCGCCCGUCAUAUUGAAGCGACGUUCUGUCUCAACUAUGAAGGACCUGUUACCGCUGUCACUGCCGAAGACCCGUUGCGGUUCACCUGGCAGUGAACCUGUCGAGGAAGCCAUGAACGUUGACCUGUCCCAAUGUUUCCCUGAGAUUCUCGCAAGAGACCUGGAGAUGUCGAGUGCUGUGUUUGCGGCUAAGAACAUGACGGCCGGCAGUCCCCCGACGGCUCUUGUCUACGAGGAAAAGAACAAGCAACGAACUAUGUCCUGCCCUGGUCGGAUGAUCACAUCGCCCUACCUGACGGCUUCGCUCCGAGUUCAAUCUCUCGGUGCCAUUGAAGAGCGCGAUUCAGUCGUGUCCUUCCUGGAACAUCGAGGCUACGGUACUGAAGGAGCAUCUGACCUAGAUUCACUUCCCGGAACCGACUCAUCCGGCGGGCUCGAAGGGCCCUCAAUUGGCCUUCGCCAGCAAUCUAUCAUUACAACUGCUACGUCUCUCACUUCUGCCAGUGGCAGUGCCCCUUCGCCAAAAGCCCUGGUAUCCGGCAAACCGUCCCGGGAAAAUAGCUGGAUCAUCGACGAGUCCGACGACGACAUUGACAGAGACGAGGAGGAGGAUACUACCAGCGACCGGCCUGUUGCGCUCUCCCCAAGACCACAAACUCCACCCAACCCAGGUUCAGUUUUUGACAACAUGGGGAGCCUCAAGGAGCUGGCCAGAUCAAGGACACCUCGUCACCAGAAGACGGGUUCCACCAACGACACUCCUUCGAGAAAACAUUCAGUGAGAUCGGUCGAAGUUCCUCCGCGAAGAACCUCGCUGGCCUGCACGACGUCCCCAAGCAACUAUUCGAGAUCCCAAUCAUUAUCGCCUAGCCCCGAUUCGAAGUCAGCUUCACGGAGGCGUCGUCGAUCCUUUCAGCCCUCCCGACACACUCACGACUUGAAUGAAGAUGAGACAGACACAUCCACCAGCAACGCACAUCCCCUCGAGCCCCUCACUGAUUUCGAUGUGGACUCAAUUGGCUUUGAUGAAGACAGCAUUUUUGAUGCAGACUUGCAACCGUGGCCUCGACCGAGCACCGUGUACAUUCAGACAACCCCACCACCCUCACCACUGCCGACCGUGCAGGCAUGGCUCGACCGAUCAAACCCUCCUUAUGUUUCCCAAAUACCUGUCGAUGACCUGGCGAAAGCAGUUCCGCUACCGCCCGAUGUCAUGGAGACAUUGAGGGUGUCCAUUGCCUGCUUCCCAGAGACGAUGCUCCUCUCUUCCAGUCUUACUAUCGAGACUAUCCGCUCAUACUCCAAGAAAGUCAGACAUCCAUCGACCGAUAUAUGGAGGGAGUCACUGGGAGACCUCACACCCCAACCCCCGCGGAAGUCUCUCUGGAAGAAGGUGGUCUGGCACAGUCGCGAGUCCAUCUCCACGCGACUGCACCUAACCCCGCCACCCAGCGAGGUUGUUCCUGUGGACGUGACACCAAGCCAGGACGUUUUGGCGUCUCCUAACGCCUGGGCGCCGUUACGGCAUGUCUUUGGCUCAUGUUCGGACUACAUUUGCGACGCCCUCUAUGCACACAUGGUCGCAUACAACUACAUCUCCCGCGUUCCCCGCAGCCAAUCGCUGCCCUUGAACCGAGCCUCAACGGUCAGUUCAAAAAAGUCGCAGAACGAUGACAUCCCCAAGAAGGCGGCGUCCUUGCUGGGCCUCGACAGCCCGCAACUCCCUGGCCCGCCCAACGGCGGCCGGAUCACCAAAAAGUUCAGCUCGCCCCUGACCGCCUGGGGCUUCGGCAAGGACGAGAUGUCCCCCGUUGGUGGGGCGUUGUCGGCAGCACAGGACAACACGACGCGCAACAUUGAGGCUGGCCUGCUGCGGUGUAUCAUGCGGCUGAUUGGCACGGCGCGCAUGAUGGCCGAGGAGGGGGGUGGAGAGGAUCGGCUGAUGGAGGCAGAGCUACAAGAGGCAGACAUGAUUUUCGUCAGGAGCUUGUGCGAGAUUGUGAGGAUUUCUGAGGAGACGGCUUUGUAA